UAUGCAGGUCUACAGAAGACGCAAUGCAGCCCUCAUGCAGAAGCAGUGAAGCACAAACCUUCGGCUCGUCUCAAACCUAGGCGUCCUCUAGGUAUUCUAGGUUGCUUUUCAAGGCGCUUGCUGGCAACAAGGAAGUCUUUCUUGGUAGCUGCGGUCAGGUCGCUUCGUACAAAUUUGGGGGGUGCAGGUUUAGCCAUGUUCUGUGGAGACGCUCAGAGCGUCCCAUCAAUCAAAAGACCAUCAAUGUUUCAGAUGAUGUAAGGCAUGGCCUUUGUACCCCAUUGUCCAUCUGCAGUAUCAGCAGCCCUCUCGAGUUCCGCAAAAGGUGCCGCUCAUUCAAACCCACCCCCAGGCAGGAUCAGUUCACUCUCAAGGACGCGCUCCAUCUCUCCCACAAGGUCUAGGAACAACCCCAUCUCUCCUAGGGGAAGGCAAACAAACGCCGAAUUCAAUGGCAACAUCAACCGCGGUCGCAGCAGCGACGCUGACAGGGUCACUAACCCUGCCUCCAAGAUUGAGGUGCCAGAGAGACUCGAGGGCACAUCCCUGCCGAAGGACUUUCAGUCGAAGCACGGGUCUCACCUCCUGUCACUUGCAGAGUUGGAGCAGUUCUCAGUUGAGGGGGAGGAAGGGCUACCAGGGGAAGCAUCCUGAUGGGACCACUCUGCGAUCCUCGUUCAAGGGAGAAGCUGUGAGGACAGCUCCUGAAGGUUCAAGACCCGUCACACAUCAGAAAACACUGAUCGAGGCAAUCCUCCCGAGUGUGCUCGUUCUUCCCAACCUCGCCCAAACAGCGCCCUCCUUCCUUGCGCGCCUGGUGGGUUUCUACGUGCUUAUGCGAGCAGGCAUUGCGGUACCAUACAAACGCGAGGUGACAGAAGAGGAGCAAGAGACAAAAACUCUGAGAGCAACAAAGCAAUGGAAGAUUGUCAACAACUACAAUGGAGUCCCCUGCAUACUGCGGCGAAAGUGGCGGUGCGCAUCGCGGGAGGAUGGUCGGAAGAGGCUGCGAAUGAUAUGCGACGUCCUCUCAGAGGACGACACCUUCCAGAUGUCAGACACGCACAAGGGUUGCCAGAUUCGGCGUGAGAGCGCGCAUUCAGAAACUGUCUCCUGCAACGGCGUGAAUGCCCUGUACGAUGACAACCCCUUUCCCCGUAUGAAAAUCGACAUUGCUAGGUUCCCUGAGGGUCGGGUUGGCAUGGAAGAGUACUACAAAGCCGAGAAGUUGGAGCGGGUCCUCCACAGCAAGGCGCGAUAGGCACGCCCUUUCUUUAGAGCACCAGCGCGAGACUCCUAGGUUGUACAGAGUCGUUUCUAGGCUCAUCGGCUAGCUUGUACAUAUGUAGGAGAUGCUGGCAUAGAGAGGCUCUGCUUUUGGGUUUGGCAAGAUUCAUCAGACCUGCCAUGCCUGUGCUGUAGAGUUCGGGUCUGUAGGGUAGUGUUUGGUGUGUUGCAUACAAUCCGAACCCUGCGAGACAGCUCAGACGCUCAAAUUCAUUGGCUUCGUGGCCGCCAGUUGUGAAACUCUUGCAGCGGCGACCGAUCAAAGGGAGACAGAAGAGAUCCCAUGAAGCUCUCUGCGUUGAUUAAGACCAUACUUUUUUCUUAUAUCAUAUGACGAUGACGUGUGAAGCAUGCUUCAAUUAGCAUAUUAACCGGA